GGAUUUUUUGUGAUUGUGAGUUGUGCUCGCAAUCGUAUUUCGCGCACUGCUGAAAUUCACGUGGGUUGAAAGUAACGCGAGCGCCUCUAGACUGCAUGUGAACGUUCCGUGUUUAAAAUUAGCCGAAAUUCUUAUAAACCUUUAUAUCGCGGCACUGAAACACUGAAAAUUAAACAGCUGUGCGUGUUAAACUGCAUUUUAAUAACUCUCCAUUCUCAAAGUGCUGUGACAUAUUCCGAGUGAUGCCUUCAUUAUCUUCACCAACACAAUCUAUGGAUACGGUAUAUCCCGAGCCGAUGUCGAGGCUCCACCGACGAGUGGUGCCGAAAAAAAGAAGAGGUGGCUCCUCAAGGUACCGUACACAGCCUGUAACGUUCUCAGAAAUACAGGAAGUAGACGAAGAUAAUAUCGAAGACACAGUCCCCGAAUCUGCUACUUCCAAAUCAGAGCUAAACUUACUCAACAAGAAGUUUGAAGAAUUUAAAAGAACCAGAGACUUAAUACUUAGCAAAAGUGAUACAGAUAAUGUCGAUAUUAACAAGAAUUCAGUACCUUUGUCAGUAUCUAGAUCUACGGGACGGCUGCCAUCGAGACCCUCUUUCUGAUAUAGAUAAAUCAAAAGCUGAGAAUCUGGAAAGUGGACAUCGGGAACUUACUCUCAUUCAUUACUAUUGUUUCAGAUUAACACGUUAUAGUUAAUAUGUUGCGCGGAUUUCUGGUUAACUAUUUUUAGAUGCUAGAUCUUGUAUUAUUUUUUAUGCUUAACCUCGCAUGGUGCUUUAAAUUGUUGUUUCUUUUUUACAAAAAAAGUAUUUAAGCCUAGAUCGCAUUAUAAAGUAUUUUAUUAUCCACAUAAAAUAUCCAAUAAAAAUUGUGGGAUUGUGUAAUGAUGUCGACAAUCUACAUACGUUCGAAAGACAUAAUAGCUAAUAACGAGAGCAAGUUGCAUCAAGGAAUAUAUUGAAAAAGAGUGUAUUAAAAGCGAUUUGGCACACUAUACACAGCUCUGGUUACAUUUUAUUCAUAGUACCUACCUCACUGCAUUUCUAGGAAUGGCGUCCAGAGAAGCUUUUCACUGCUGUUUGAUGCUUAUCGACGUUUUAUAUAAACAUCACACAUCGUUUUUCUGACACCACACGCUUAAAAUAAGGCUAUUUUUUAUUUGUUCUAUCAAGAGUGUACAAUUAGCGAUAAAUGUCUUGUUUUUUCCCUUAGUGACGUGUUUUUGAAGUUUUUGUCCACGAUUCAGCAUUUUGAAAAAUUCUGUUUGCUUUUUAUCCGUUGUACGUGUUUUACGAAUAUGCAGUUUUUCUAAAAGCUGUUGACAAUAAAUUUUCAUCCCCAUUGAAACUGAUAGCAUAUGAGAAUGUUUGAUGUGUGUGUCUAUGUCCAUGCGUGUCCUUAUGCUUUUACUUGUUGGUUUGACUGUCUUGUAUCAAUUCUCGAUGUCCUAGAUGGAAACGCAGUUAGUAGAUACUAGUUAAGUGUAUAUUUUAUUAAGUCUUUGUAUGAAAUUUAGGAGGUAGAUUUGUAUACAACAAUGUAGUAAUAAUUAACAGUAUGGAAUAGUUUAAUUUCAUACUUCCUAUAUUUAACAUG